AAAGCGCCCGCAUCGGCAUGCAUCUCGCCGCCGACUACCCCCAUCGCGGCGGCGGCGGCCGCCUAGGCCUCGGCCCCCUCGCCGCCCCCGUGCUCCGUACCGAGAACCGUCGCCGUGCGAUCGCAGGAGGCGCCGUCCUCGCCUCGGCGCUGCUGCUCGUGGCCACGCCACGCCUCCGCCACUCCCCGGCGCUCCACCUCUUCGCCGACAUGCGCAACCUCCUCGGCGUGCCCAACACCCUCAACGUGCUCACCGCAUACCCGCUCCUCCUUGCCGGAGUACCGGGACUCGUCCUCUGCCUCUUCGGCAGCGGUUGCUUUGGCAUCAGUUUAAGGUGGGAGGCCUUGGGAUGGUUCCUCUUCUAUGCUGGGAAUGUAUGUGCAGCAUUUGGCUCAGCUUACUAUCACCUCAAGCCAGAUGAUGACCGGUUGAUUUGGGACAGGUUGCCGAUGAUGAUGUCAGCCUCCUCACUUUUGUCUAUAUUAGUAAUUGAAAGAGUUGAUGAGAGGGCUGGGUUAUCUUGUUUGAUAUCACUCCUGUCUCUCUUACUCGUGAGCACUGCAUGUGAAAGGGUUCUUGAUGAUAUGCGUCUUUGGGUUGUUUUAAACUUGGUUCCUUGUGUUGUGAUUCCUGCAAUGCUAUUCUUGUUCCCACCAAAGUAUACACACUCAAGAUUUUGGUUUCUUGCUACAGGCUUUUACCUACUGGCAAGAUUUGAAGGCCUUGCUGACAGAAAGGUUUACAGUGUGAAUAGAUACUUCAUUAGCGGUCAUUCCUUGGAGCACCUUUGCUUUGCCAUGGUUACCUUGAUACUUACUGUGAUGUUAUCCUUCAGAAAUAUAAAGAUCACCAGGGACUCGUGACUAUCGCCAUACUGUUGCAGAUUGUAACAUCAUAUGUUCAGAGGAGGCCCUGCAGUGUCUGGAUGAAUCUGAAGAAACAUAGAUAGCUUUUCCAUCUCCUUUUCAUGGCGUGGGUGCUCAUUGCUCCUUCCCUGAAGUUUUCAAGAUUGCUGAUGGCAAAGACAGGGGCCGUGACAUUAUCUGAUACGUGUGUUGAUGUUGUGAGAAUUGUUUGCGCUUUGAGGUUGUUAACUUGAAGAUAGAAGAAUUGUUGGACCAGUAGAUCGCAAUGUAUAAAUAUUUCAGCUGUCACACAAGAAUUAUUGGCUAGCUCUGUUGAUUAGGCAAGAGGAUUGCAACCUGUAAAGAUUUGGGUACUCCGUAUGUCUAUGUCUCCAUACAUUGAGAUUUUCUUAAAGCCUCAAUGGAUUCAGAAAAUGUAACCUCAGUUUAGUGAAAAGUGAUUUAGCAGAACCUUAAUUUUU